CGGUUCUUCCCACCCCCACCGCACCGCGUCGGUGCCUGGCAGCCAGAGGAUCGGCCCCGCCGCCAUCGCCAUGGGCACCCGGGACGACGAGUACGACUAUCUCUUCAAAGUUGUGUUGAUUGGGGACUCUGGAGUAGGGAAGAGUAAUCUUCUGUCACGCUUCACUCGCAAUGAAUUCAACCUUGAGAGUAAGAGCACCAUCGGGGUGGAAUUUGCCACCAGGAGCAUCCAAGUGGAUGGGAAGACGAUAAAAGCCCAGAUCUGGGACACUGCAGGGCAGGAACGAUAUCGUGCCAUAACGUCAGCCUAUUACCGUGGUGCCGUUGGGGCCCUCCUUGUCUAUGACAUUGCCAAACAUCUCACCUACGAGAAUGUUGAGCGUUGGUUAAAGGAGCUCCGGGAUCAUGCAGACAACAAUAUUGUCAUCAUGCUGGUGGGAAACAAGAGUGACCUGCGCCAUCUGAGAGCUGUGCCCACCGAUGAGGCCCGGGCUUUUGCAGAAAAAAAUAACUUAUCUUUUAUCGAAACUUCUGCCCUGGAUUCCACAAAUGUCGAAGAAGCCUUCAAGAACAUCCUCACAGAAAUCUACCGCAUCGUCUCACAGAAGCAGAUUGCAGAUCGAUCUGCACACGAUGAGUCUCCCGGCAACAAUGUAGUUGACAUCAGCGUCCCGCCAACCACCGAUGGACAGAAAUCCAACAAACUCCAGUGCUGUCAGAACCUGUGACCUGUAGAUGCUGUCUGUGCCCCUGGCAUCGUCUGUGCUUCAGUUAGAAACUUGUGUGGGCUUCUUACAAAUAUUUCCUGUGAUUCAGUGACUCCCUGUGUUCUUCUCCACACCCCUCCCCAACUCCCUUCUUUCAUCUUAGAGCUUGAAUUGUAGGGCUAACAUUCCCUUGCCUCUGAAAUUCCCUUUUGAAUGUGAUGACUUUUGGGCUUGAAAUGUAGGCACUGAUCUGGUAGACAUAUUUGUUGUGGAAUAUCUGCUGCUGGAUGUUAUCCCAUGAAGCACUCUCCUCAAAUGUAUAUUUUUAUUUUUGUGUGGGAGAGGAGGCAUGGGGACUUGGUUAGAACGGCUGAAGAAAUAACUCCAUUUAGGUUUUCAUUUAUCUCAUAGUCGGACUUUUUCACAGUCUCUUAUGUUUCUGUAAACAUGGGGGAGAAAUUAAAAGAUAACUAGUCUACCAAAUGUUCUGUUUUCUGUCCAGAUGAAGUAUCAGUGAGGUUUUUAGUGGCUGCACACAUGAGUGGUGUUGAAAAUAACCUCACUUAUGUAAUUCCCCUGAAUGCAGAGUUAAUCUGGCUGUGCAGUUUACUGUUUCUUGCCUGGGAAAUCUUCUCUACUCUUAAUUUCUUUUAUUUGGGAUCAAUGAAGUAUGUCUGCAUUGCAUUAUUUGCCACGAUGGAUGCCUGUUCAGCUCUGGGCAGGCAGUAUGAAGUGGCUUAAUAUUUAUUCUUGGCUUUGUUAAUGAACAUUAAUGUACAGUAAGUGCCAGCAUAUUAAUUUUAAGGUCCUUUUGCAAGCUGUAGAACUAGGUUAAUUUUAUACUGUAGAUCAGUGUCUGGAGGAGAAAUCCUCUCUAAUCCCAGAAUUUUUUUGCAUGCUGCUUACUCACUAGGUCUAUCCCUAAAUCCGUUUGAGUGAGAGUAAAGCAAUAUUUUCCUGUCAUGUACAUACCUGCACUCGUAAGGUUUUUUGGUUGUUGUAGAGAAACCCAAUACUUUCUACAUUUUGUAAAACUUAUGCAGAACCAUAGCAUCUUGGAUUUUCUUUCCAUUAUCGUUCACUAUUGACCUUGUGCUUAAUUUUUUUCUUGACCUCUACUAAACUGUAUAAAAUUCCGCGUAAUACACACUGUCCUGCUACUUCACUCUUAGCCUGUUUUCUGAAUUGCAGCUUGUAACUUCCAAAUAUGACUGAUUAUCUGUCAUCAGGAGGGCUAACAACUAUAUAAAACUGGUGGAAUGGGAAUAAUUUUAUCAGAAACUUGUCAGUUGCUUGCUAGCUUGUGAAAAUCCUCUGUGGGGAAGGGUUCAUCGGUCACCAGCUCUGGUACUGUUGCAUCUUUGCAGUAAACAGUGUUGUGUUGAAAGAGAGUACCAGGUGAAAUGAUCAAAACGAAGCGUUGGGAGCACCCGCUGUUCUCGAGAGGCUAGCUAAAGCAACUUGCUUCCAAAUUCUGAGUCCAGGCCUCACUUGACACAUCCUACCUUGCAUGUCAGUGAGAAGUUGUUUUUUUUAUGUUACAAAGUGAAUCUGAAAUUGUACAUUGUGUGCUUGGGGUGGGGUGGGGAGUUAACAUUCCAGUCUCAACUGUUUUGUAUUUGGUUAUGUAAUAAAAUUAAGGGCAGUGAACUCUGAUGGCUUUUCUUUAUAAGAUGUCCAGCCAAAUGCAUUGAAUUUUACAAAUAGAAGGCCAGAGUUUUAAGCUAAGCAGUCACAUGGUCUCAGUACUUCAUAGUUUUACAUACAUUAUUUAAACUUAACCUGUUUUCUAGUACAUUCAUCACAGUCAUUGGCCAGGGUUCAUUUCAGGCUGUGGGACUAUGCUCUAGGUGAAUGAUCCCCAUCUCAUGGGGAAGGUAUUUAUCCCUCCUGGGAAGUGGUGGGGUGCUGUCCCAGUGCUGGAAGCACUCUCGGCACAUGACACUAGUACUAAUAACAUCCUGAGAACAGGACUCCUAGCAAGCCUGAACUGGAACCUUCUCCUUCUGGUGUGUCUGAGCCAUUGUGUGACUUGCAGUUGGUAUUUGGAGGCUGGCAGGGGAAGCACAUCAUGCAUAAUAUAUUGAAAACAGUCUCACAAAGGUUUGAAAAUAUUCCUUUCAAGAGCAGGCAGCCACUCUUGGAGCUGGAGUGCUUUGUUUUGUUUUUUAAAAAGCUCUUUCAACAGAACACUUGAUAGAAAGGAGUGAGGAGCCUGAGUACUUUGAUGGCACGAGGAAGAAUUGUGCUGUUAAGAGGCCUUAGUACAGGGUAAUUUACUAAUAUGGUGAUUAUCCUGCAAAGCAUUUGUUUCUAAAGGUGAACUUCACCUGCCUCUCCUCUUGUUAGCAGGUGAGGGUUUUUCUGGCUAGUUUGAGAAGCGUUGAGAGAAGCAGUAGGUGUCAUAAUUGGUUAAAUUCCUAGGCUCUGGCAUAGAAACAUUUUUACUCCUGGGAUUUGUGCAGAGCUCUGGGAUUUGGCUCAAAGCCCUAAUAAAAAAUCCUUGUCCAGGGCUCAAGUACAACCAAGCGUCUUGCUUAUUGAAGAGAUCCUGUGCUAUUUCCCCACCUGUCCGAAGAGAUCCUGGCACAACGAGCUGCUCAGUUGUGCUCUCCCCUGGUGAUGAAGCGUGAUUACACUGCCCACGUCACAGCACUGCUGCGCCUGCGCUGUAACAUGGGCAGUGUAGACAGACCCUUAGUUUUCUGGCUGCACUCCAGCCCAUACUUGACACAAAGUUGUUUUUGUCUGCAGAGGUCGGUUGCUUCAUUAGCCUAGGUCUGGACUGUUUCCCACAGGCUGUUCUGCAACUGUUUGCAAAGUCAGCAGAGCACAAAACUCUUCCCCCUCCUAUGAGGAUGAGAUGAUUUUGCCCAAGGUAUACCAGAGGCCAUUCGCACUAGAGAACGGGCACUUACUGUAGUCUUAAGUCUUAUUAGCUCUUCAAUGUCUUCCCAUGCAUAGAUUGGAAACCUUAAUGGGGUUACCUUGUAAUCUAAAGUACCUUGAUUCUCCCCCAUGCCAAUCCCAUACACUUCUGAAAUUUACUGUGAUUAGAAAGCACUGCAGGUGCCUGCUCUUGGAGUCCAUGCAGAAGAGAGCUAGACAAAGGAAUUCAAAGGAAGCUUUCUGAUACUCAGACCUGGAGCAGCUAGAACAAACCUUCAAAUAAACUGUACAGUAGUGCAGAUUAUUACUACACUUUCUUGACACGAAAAAAUUGAACUCCGCUUAGCUGCAGCAUAACUCCAUAGGAGUCCCUGGCAUAACCUCAUUAGCUCCAGAUCCCAAAUUUGUAGUGCAAGGAAAAAUAAGAAGGGGUACACUUCUGUCCUUAGUCACUUAUCUCCAAUGGGGGCAUUUGCAUGUCAGUGAGAGCAAAAUUUGUCUCAUAAAUUAAAACUCCUUUUUACAGAAAGCUGCCUGCUCAAGGAAGCAAACAGGUUCUGUGGGAGUUAGUUAAAUCUUCACAAAGCUUGUUCCCCAAGUCCCUGCUUCACCCAGACACUGCAAACAGUGUUAGUUAAAACUAAGUUUUGAAAGCUAACUUCAAAAACAUCUUCCACUAUCAAGUGUGGAUGGUCUGGUUGUUGUCUCCAUUUUGAAGCUCCCUGCUGAGUUUAAAUUUAUUUCGGUCUUGGAUGGGGCCAUGAUAGCAGCAUCUUUUAUUAAUUAACUAGUUAAUCACUAUUGAAGCUGUUUUGGAGAGGAGGCAGAAGACCAAAAUUAACAAACACCCAAUGUUUGUCACUGAACACAUGCACAGCGGAACCUCAUUACAUCCUGUUCUGAUCAGGGUUCUCUUGUUAAAUCUCACAUUCAUUUCUGUCACAUGGGGAAGUCUCAGUAACUGCCUAUAUGUCAUUGAACUCAGACAUGUAGGACCUCUCAGCCGGUUUUUAUGGAGUUCACCUCUGAUGUGCAAAGCAAGCAAGUGUGGUCCAGUGGAAAGUUUAAAUCACUAAAAUUGUUAUUGCAAAACUCCACAAUGACUGUCUGCUCUAAUUGUUGAAUCCCUUUGUUAAAAGGACUCUGUGUGUGUCUGCUGUAGAAGUGUUUGCAGAGGGGAAAGGAAUAUGAUUUCCUCUCUUUCCUCCCACCACAGCUCCUUAGAGUUAUAUCAGAGGGAGAUGACUAUAUGUGGUGCCUCUACAGAACCCCCAGCCUGUGGGAAAAGACCUAGUAUAUUUGUCCAUUUUUUUUUUAUAUAAAUAUCAAAGUGGGAAAUUCAUAUGAAUCAGGAGAUAUCUUCACACUGCAAGACAACUGCUCUUUCAACUGGAAUUGUUAGGCUGCCAUCUUGAUUUUGAGGACCGGUCUGUGCCUUUGCUAUUUGAACAGGUCACUCACUGAAAGAAGCCAAUUUGCUUUGAAAAUCUGCUUCUGUGUUUGGCCAGUAACAUUUUGAUUUCUGUGUGCUAGCCCUGUGGGCAUAGAAUGCUAUCAUGGCCUUGAUCUAUCAGUGGUGUGAAACUGAGUCCAUCUGUGCUCUGUGAUAGGAGAGUCUCCAUUCUGAGCGUAAAGGAAGAAUACCUUCCUUAGACAUUUUGAUCUCAGUAGAAAAAUACAAACCUAAUAAGGUAUUUCAUAGGCACCUACUGAGGCCUUUCCCCCCUUCCUAACAGUAAAGGAAUUUACACUAAUUAAGGACCCUGCUCUUUUUAAAGUGGCGAAAGUCAGGCAAUUUGGAGUGAAGGCUGAAAUUGUACUUCACUGGUCUACAGCCUGUUAGGGCUGAGCUUGGAGACUCAUGGUUUCUAGAACAGACCCUUAACAGGACUGUAAUGUAGAAUUGUGUAGUUCAGACUGAUGAGCAGUGGGGUAUUUCCAGAAAAAAGUUAUGAUUUCCAAGGCUGCUUCAUUACAGUUAUUUUCACGAUCACCAUUUUUUUGGUAGAGUGUAGUCUAUCAGGCUUUGUGGGCUAUAACACUGGACCUUUAUGCAACUGAGAAGAGGUUCCUGUCACUUAUUUUUACUCAUGGUUAAUGUGUUCAGUUAAGUGCAAUUCACUUUGUAAAUAUAUAUAUGCAUCACUUGAUUUUUGUGCAUGGUUAUUAUGUAUUGUGGAUAUAAAGAUUGCCAAACCAAA